GAAUAAGCUAAAUAUGUUCUGUCGUUCAUUGAAAUAAUAUUAACUUUUGUUUUUUAAGGCUAUGUUUUUUAAACCGCAACCCAUGAUGACUGAUUCAUGUGUGAAACAAACUGCACGUCAUGUACAAAUGCCAUGCGGAACCUUUAUGUGGUCGACUCGGUUGCACUCGGGGGACUUGAAUGUUGACGGACUAUCAAAAUGACAUAGUGGUAAACACUGAAAGGUGAGUCUCGAUUUUUCUUUCAGUGCUUACGAUCAGUACAAGUUUUACCACAUGAUAUCUCCAGGACAUAUCCUUUGAUAAAUGAUGGCUAAGACUUGAGUUGGGCUGUAGUUUGUAUUUUGUUAAAAAGUGACAUUGUUCAAGGAUGGAGACCUGCUAGCGUUAGCUGUUAGCUAACAAGCCCCGAUUCACAUCAUAGAAGCUCGGGGAGAAAACGGGCCUGCUACUGUUAGCUAGUUUAUUACCUGUUUGUGUUAGCAUGUAAAACAGGAAUAUUGUCAUGAUUAUGUCGCACUGGGGCGUUUUCUUCCAUAUUUGUGAAGUGAAGCAAUUUAAAGAACUGACCGUGGCUUCACCUUCUGUUUGUGUUUACUGCUGAGGUGCUGACUUAACAGUUUGUAAAUAUAGACACACACUCAACACCCCACAAAAACAACACACAGAGGCUUCAAUCUAGUUAUUUUUUUAUCGUGUGAUACUACUGAACGUAUUGAGUUUGAUAACUGGACCGUUAGUUCCAAUCGAACAAUCUGAUUGGACCAGAGCCAGUCCAUGAGGUCUGAUAGACAGAAUAACGGACUAGAACGUUUGGGUCGCUUAGCAACAGUCCAGCUUUAGUUCAACUGUGAAACGAGAGGUUUCUAUAAAGCGACAACAAAUCAAACUUUAUUUUUGGUUAUUAUGCGUUGCUAUUAUGUGCUGCUCGUAAAACGGUGGUUUCAAAGCAAUGCCACACUGGAGGUGGUAAAGCUGAAUAUCAGCACUGCUGUUAUUUUUGGACCGAUUGACAGCAGUGCUGUUAUUCAGUGCAGCAUCAUGACCCCAGCUGUGAUAUUGAGAAAAAGCAUGGGAUGAGAAAGUUAUAAGAUAUGUCAAAGGAGUACAACUGAUGCCAACAAAGACUGAACAUUUUAAAGCUUCCUGAAGAAUUUCUAGUUAUGCUAUGGUCAAUUGUUUGGUUUGUAUGAGGCUAUGUAUAAUUGACUUUGUGUUUAAAGGGAUAUACCGACUUCAGUAAUGACCGCACAUAGCUAUACAGAGAGCCACGCGCUCAACUAAAACGCCACUCUAUAACCACAAAUAAUGCUCAAAACAGCACCUAACUUAAUCAACAGUACAAAUAGGGUCCUAGCCACAGUACUAGCCAUCAAACAUCUUUUUAGCUUUGCCUGAUUUCUUUAGCGAAGAGACUAAAAAAAUCUCACCCACUCUCUUCCAGCAGCCAAAUGAUAAUUUCUUUAUCAUUUCCUUGUAAUAAUCCCCAUAUUAAUCAUUUUGCACUGCAGACAUGGUAGUUCUUCUGCCUUAGCGUCUCUGUCUGAUUGCAUUUCCAUGAAGAAAUGAUCAUAAAUGUUCUUCCUUGAGCUGCGUCACUCGAUGGACUCGGCUGACGUCUUGCUACUAAACAAGCGGCUACUGGAAUAGAGUAGGUGAGUUGUGUUUAGUCUCUUUGCUUAAGAAAUCAGGCAAAGCUAAAAAGAUGUUUGGUGGCUAGUACUAUGGCUGGGACCCGGUAUGUACUGUUGAUGAAGUUAGGUGCUGUUCUGAGCAUUAUUUGUGGCUAUAGAGUGGCGUUUUGGUUGAGCGCGUGGCUCUCUGUAUUGCUAUCUGUGGCCUUUACUAAAGUUGGUAUAACCAGAGAAGCAAGUGGUCGGCAACAUUCAUCUCUUGAGGGGGUGUCUAACUUGGUGUUACAGUGUGUUUGACCCUAACUUAAUUUUAGGCCGGAAUAUCCCUUUAACAGUUUGUCCAGAUUUGGGAUGAUUUAUGCCAUGGAGUUGUAAUCGUACAAAAAUUGAGUAACACACAUCCAAACUGAAGAGGACGAGCGAUGAGUCCAAUAAAUUUAUCACAGAAAACAAAGAAAAAACAUACACUCUGCUGUGUGUCAAUACAUCUCUGACUUUAGCCUCAAUGCCUGAAAAGACUUUGGUGAUGCUGGAGACUGUUUUGCAGAGCAGCUAGCCCUGCAGUUGCUGUGAGGUUGGUAGCUUGGUGUUCAAUGCUGAUACCAUGCUGUCUUGAUGGAUGAGCAGAAAGAUUAAUAGUUUUUCCAGUACAUUGAACUUGACCUCUGUGGGCUCUGCAACCACCAACUUACUUUAUUUCCUAAUUUUGCUUUAAUAAGGGGCUAGUACAUUUCUCAUCAUCUUGAUGUCUUCUUCUGGUGUUAAAGCAGCUGUCAACUUCUUCUUUGGCCACCAUGGGGAGUCUUGGAGUAGUGGUGUGUGAAUAAGCCAAGAAUUCUGUCUAGUGUGUUUAUUCAACAAAAAUAUCAAUAUAUCAUCAGCUCAUGACAUCAGUAUAUUGCCAUAUCAAUAUUUUGUGUUACCCCAUCACUGAUCAUCAAUGUUGUAAUGUUUGCUGUAAUGACACAGUAGUAGAUGAGUCAACAGGAGUUCGGUGGAAAGUUUGAUGAGUAACUCCAUCUGCAGGCAGAUGAUGUCAUGGUGAACAUGUUGGUAAAUGAUAUGCAUGGGGUGGUGGUGAAACCAAAGAUGCCUGUAAUUGCUGGAAAAUGUACGUUAUUUACUUCAUAUUUCACUACAAUUUAGAGGGGUUUUGACCAGUUUCCCCAUCCAAUGAAGUAAUGUCAGCUAACUUUAAUUCUUUUUUUAUCCUCAGUGCUUUAUGUUAAUCAUCUUAAGUGAUUAGAUCAGUAAAAAUUGACCGUUAAAUAUAAAGUUCUUGUGAGUCAAAGUGUGAAAAAGGCAAAUAUUGAGCAGGUCAGCACUUUCAAGUCCUUGGUGCACUGCAAAAGUAGACUCUAUACAGAAACAUAAUGCACACAUAGUCUAAUAAAUUGUCAGUUUACUGUCAAUAAACUGUGAAUCCAUAAAGAGAAUGAAAAUUGAGGUGAUAGAGAAUAACACCCUCAUUUGCUUCCUCUUAAAUUAUUGCUAAAACCUGUAAAUAUUCACUUCAUCGGCCCACCUGGCUGGAACUGGACAGCAGUGAUGUAAUGGCCUUUAAAUAAUUCAUACGUGGAGGAAAGUGAACGAGGCAGAGCUGUGGAGGAGAAAAAAUCAAUGAGGGUGAGAGAGCAGGAAUGAGAAAGAGAAAGAAAGAGACAGAGAGAGGUUGGGAGGGAGAGAGAGAGAAAGAGAGAGAGAGAGAGACAGAGGAGUGGAGUGGAGGGAAUCAGGAGAGAUGAGCAGUCAGGCAGAUGGAUGGGAACCCCACCCAGGCCUGGCUUCCUCUCUGAUAAGCAGCCUUGAAGAGGAAGUCGAGUAUUAUUUCAUCAGGACAUGUGAGAGAGGAUGAUAGAAGAGCUUUGGUCUCAGUGUGAUGAGGAUGCUGCGGGGGGUAGGUAGUGAGAUGCUGAAAGUUGUUCACCUCUUUUAACUUUGCAGAAGCCUUGGUUUGGGGUUGUAGCAAGUGUCUGGGACAGGAGUCGAUCUGAUGUCUCGAUGAAUCACAGCAUCUUGCUCUCAGCUGUGUUUCCGUUCUGUGUAUUUCUUCUGCAUGCUUCCUCUUUACUGUUUCCUCUUUCUCUCUUACAGGGAAGCCACAAAUGGCGUCUAUCAGAUGACAUCACAGCCACAUGACGGUAAAAAAACGAACAUGAAUAAUAAAGUUGACUCUGACUUUGUCUCCAGCACCUGAAUAUUUCAGUCUGAGCUAAGGGAUUUUGUUGUUUCCUUUUACCUUGUGUGUUCCUGGCUAGGUCACUGAGUUUGCCAGCCAAAUUGGCUCGAAAUCGGGGAGCCCCAGGCUGCCGUACGUCUUGUUCAGCUCUGGAAUAAAGCUGCAGAAAUUUUCCCCAGGGAGUUAUUUGACUUUUCCUGCAGAUCAAGAGGCACGGCGUUGAAAAGUAAGACUGUAACCCAGGAUGAAGGCUGUGUCCUGAGAAGGAGAGCACGACUUUGCUACAGUCAGCACUUUGUGAGGCCUGCUGGCAGCUUGGGUCUUCCUUUUUUCCGGACAGACCAAAAGACUUGCAUGUGAAAAGGUAUUUUUUUUGUGGAUAUGUGGAUGCUAAAAGGGAUUUUGUGCCCAUUCUGGAGGAACAUUUAGCUGUGAGACUUCUAGCUAGCUCAGGGGAAGCCCAGCCAUGGAGAGUCUUGCACAGCUGGACAUGGUGGGCGAUAUCAGCCCAGCUCUUGAAGCCACAGAGGACUUCAUCAACUGCAUGGAUGGAAUACAAGGCCAAGGUCCGAGUCAGGCCCAAACUGGGAACCUCCAGCCUUCCAGGCCGCCUAAGCAGCUUCAGGAGGUGUCCAGUGCGGCGCUGGGGAAGCUGAGCUCCAGCGGCGUGUGGGGUCUGCUGGCCGGGGAGCAGCCAGAAGUGGGGCCCCUUGGUCUGGCGUGGGCCGACAACUUCAGCGUUCUGGGGCUGGGGAUGGGCUUGAGGCACGGGAAGAGGAGCAGAGCGCGAUCCACCAAUGACCUGGCAGCUCACACCAAAGAGUGCACCAACAAUGCCGCCAACUCGUCGUCCAACUCCGCUUUCAAGAAGGGACACAACAGGUCCAGGUCGGAUGUUAACUACAGGCCGAGUACGUACACAGACAACGGACUGCCCACCGUGGACUGCAACACUUUGAAGAACAUGAUCCUUAACCACCAGCAGGAGGGUGAGUUCACAUCCACACGCAUCUAAAAUUUAAAGCUCUAGUGUGAAUCUACACUCUUACAAUGAAAACAAGUGUUGUUCUUGUUGCUGAUGGUCUUGUUUGCUUUUUGAAGACAGCUCAUCACAUUUUUUUUUUAAUAUUAAUGAUAAUAGUCCUUCCAUUAAAUGAUUUCACUUGAGAAUCAGGAUUUUUACACUGUGUCAUAAAAAAAUGAAGGUUUGAGAUCUUUUACCACUCACAUUUUAUCACAGGCUGCUAACAUUAUUCAGUCUUUUCGAACUUUUAUAUAAAGUCCUGUAUAAUGUCAAGGCUUGAGGUUGUAUAGACGGGUUUCUGUGCAAUGUCAUCGCAGGUAUGCAUGCGAAGCCAGGGGGCAGAAAGCGGGACAUUUCUUAUUUGUUUACUAGCAGAGUCAACGGAGAAAGAAAAUGACAAGGAGCUUUUGUUGCUGUUGUAUUCAUGCUGUAAACUGCAAGAAUCGGCAAAACAAACAAUCGGCAAACAUUAGGACCCUGCUCCUGAUAUCAGAAACAUCUAAAACAACGUCACAACCUUGUAAACUGAGUGAAAUUCAUGGACAUUUCAGCAAGUGGUCUUCUGAUUUUGAUGCAAUGAAAGAAUGGGUGAUUUUUCAAUGAAAUGACAUUUUAUUGCGAUUGUGUCAGAGAGAACUUGCAAACAAUUCGGCAUCUUCAUUGAUAUCAGUUCACUCUGAAGCAGGCUUUUGCCCCCUGGUUGCGCGCGCACCUAGUAUUGUUUGUACACAAGGAACCUGUCUAUCGUACUAUGAUGCAGUACGAUGUCUCUCACUUUUUAGGCUGUUAGCUCGUUCCUGUUUGUAACCACUACAGCCUCUCUCUCAUUGUGCUCAUUCUGUCCCUUAGCUUUUCAGGUACACACAGAUACAUACACACCUUACUCUCUUCUCUUUGGCUGCCUGAUAGUUUGUACCACCUCUAUAAUUUUAUUUCUAUGAUCAUGGGGGGCCAAAAUCAGAAUUGAAAUUAAAAUCUGAUGACUUGCCCAGCUCCAGUGGCUAGUAUUCAUAGUAUACAACAUGUAACUCUGGAAACCUCACUUUGAAAAUACUGAAAUAUCUCUGUCAAAGACCUCAGGUCUUGUUUCUGUAGAUGAGAGCCAGCACUCUGCCUCUCUCUGUUUUUAAUUUUGAGGCGGUUGUUGCAGUACUGUUUGUGGCCCAGCCAAUCAUAUGCUGGCAAACCUUGCUGAAAAGCUGCUCUCCUGGGUCACAGAGGUCAUUCAGUGUCUCGUCACUGAUGUUUUUCUUUGCUUUUGUAUAUCAUAAAAAAGCAUCAACAUGAAUUUCAGUCGAUUUUAUUAAUGUUAAAAAACUCCUCAUAGGAGUUUUAAAGACUUUGACGUCUCAGGUGGCCGUGGCUGUCUGUUUACAUCGUUAAAAUCUUCUGGCUUCUAUUGCUAUUUUCCGUAUUGCCAAAAUCAUUACACACUUCAUCUUUCAGCGCUGUGUGGCCUCAUCAUCUACCUCAGGAAGACUCAGUCAAAGAGGCGAACUUAUCCAGACGUAAAGAAUUCAUGCGAACUAUUUAACACAUUUAACAAGACAAGACAAAGGUGAAGAUUUCUGUAACCCCUGUUGCCUCAAUGUGAUGUCAGAAAUGUUGGAGGCAGUCUCAUCAAAACACGUAAAAACACAUCCCAGCCACUCUAAUCUCAACUAAGUGGGGAAAAGUACGGUGUGUGAUUCCUUUAAUUUGCCUAAUUAAGCAAUACUAAACAGGUUAACAAGUCCUCGGUCGAAUCCUGUGAGGAACAUACACACCUCCCUCUCCACCGCGCACACUCUGAUUGAACGUUCAUUCAUUAGAAAGCUUCCUCAGCCUUUGAGAGUCUGUCGGAGAACAGGAGUCCUGCUCUGUUUGUUCUGCAGAGCGGGGCGUAUGCUUCUACUUAUGUUGAAGCAUCCUCAGAGAAAGCAAUAAUGAUAGAAGAUGAUGAUAACUUGAAAUGGCACAGCUGUGCUAUGACAGUCAGUAUUCAGGCACAGGGCGCUCUUUCUCCCAACACACACACACAGAAACACACGCACGCACACACACACGUAUCAUUUGUUUGUGUGUUUUGGCCAUCUAAAGGCCUAAGGAGAUCCUAAGGGAUCCUGAGGGAUAAUAGCCCGUAAUCCUGUCAGCAAAUGGACUCAAAUGAGGCGAGAGAAGAGGCAACCCAAUUACCCGGCCCCUGAUACUGGCAGGAUUAUUUAGUAUUAGCAUAUGUGUGAAAAGGCAUCAGGCUAUUUAGUUUGGCUGUGUGUGUAUUGAAAGGAGAGAAGUAGGAAAGAGACGGUAAUAAGCAGAAUGCAGAGUGAUUUAGCUCGGCCUCGCUAUGUCUCUUCAUUCACAUUAAAAAAAGAAAUGGCCUGUUUGGCUUUCCAUUAGUGACAGCUGGGGAUGUUUAGAUGCUAAAUGGAUGUGAGGAUCAUUAUUACAUGCACAAUAUGAUGUCUAUGUGCCCAACCAGAGAGAGGCUGUAAAUUCAGCCUUUAUAUGAAAGCUUUGUCGGGUCUAAUAACGCUGCUUCUUGCAAAAGAUGCAUUCAUCUGUUUACACAUUGUCAUAAAUGUAACUAAUAGGCCUAUUUUGGCUGCAUAUUUUGUUGCAGACUAUACCCCCAAAAUUUUAUAUCAUUAAAUUCAACAUCCAUACAAGAAAAGGGGCUUUUAAUGUCGGCUCAAAAUAUACUCUUGUAUUUCAAAUCAUAAGAAAUGGGUCGUUAGCAGAGUUUAAAGAGCACACUUCAUGAAGAAGUCAUUCUCAAGAUAAGAUCCUCACGAUUACAUGCAGUUAAACAAGUUCCUCCAAAAACGGCAAAUAUGGAAAAAUAACAAAGACAAAAAUUUUGCAGUAUGAGAUGUUAUUUAUGCUGCAGCAGUGAAAUAGAUUAGUCAGAAAUCACAUCACAAAUGAAUUUAGUAAGAAUGAUUAAUCAAGAUGAUUAAAAUUAACCUCUGUUGACCAGCCACUCUAGUCAGUUUAAUUGACAUAUAAUCACAGUACGGGACUUCAGAGUUCCCUGUGACACUAUAAAAACAUGAAAACAGAGUAAAAUGAAACUCAAAAUGAAAAAAAAGAGAGCAAAAAUAAAACUGCUGACAGAGCGAUGACUGAAGAAAAGUGCUAAAGGAUUUUUUGAUACCAUGCUUCACAAAAAUUUAAUUAAAGUAAAAGUUUUUUUUUUAAGAUAAUAUCAUUAAUAAGCAGAAUAAUUUUGUAUUUUGGAUCCCACAAGCUUGAAGAAACCACUUUUAGCCUAAGAUGACUAAAUGAUUAAACCUGGUCACCCCUGCUAGUUUGCAUCAGAAUUACUGGUAUAUUAUGCCUAAGCUGCAACGCAGACACCCACCUUUUGCUGGGGGUUGUAGUUCUGGUUUAUGGUUACUGCUAUAAUGUUACAAUACUCUACUACCUGGAUGUAAAUAAGCACGGUUAAUGUGGAUGGCACCUUGUAGCACAGUGCAGUUUGGCAGUGUUGUCAUGGAGAUAAAGUGGUUAAUUUGUCCAGAGUGAUGCAUAUCAGGCAUGUGAACGUUAAACUGCAGCUAAUUUUGAGUAAAUCGUGCUCAAGUUGAUUUUUAUGUGAAAUUUUUAUAACCUUGAAGCUGAUCCGUCAAUCAGAGUUUGAAUUCCUAUUGAAUCGACUAAGACAUGAGUCACUUGAGAACAUCCUUACUAGCGGUCGACUGAUAUUUGUUUUCAAUAUUUAAGUAAAAUAGUUUCACAGCUAUCAUUUCCUGGAGUUUUUAUUUUGCUAAUGGAAACCUUAAAAAUAUGGUGUUGUGUGAACCCAGUCGUGCUAACCCAGAGGCAUAAAUAAACGAACUCUUCUUGUCUAAUGAUGCAUUCAGACUCAGCCUGCAGCAAAACAUCUCAACUUAUUUAUGUAAGUGUACCCACUGGAGUCUCUUUGCUUCAUGUUUAUUAUCUGUAAAUAGCUGACAGCCAUGUUUUCCAGACAGACACUGUGAAUAUUUGCUGAACAACAAACACUGACUGCGUGUGCCUGUGUGUGUACAAUAUGAGUGCAAACAUUAGAGUGAGGUCUCAUUUCAGACAGCAGACAAGAACAGUCCCCGUUGUUUGACUUAUAUUUCACAUCUCUUUGACUCUGUGCUUCAACAAUUCAACUCAGCAGAAUUUUCAGUUUUUUGGAGUUCACAGUUAAAUCUUUAUCAUAAUUGACAUCAGACCAAAAUCAUACUUUCAUUUUUAGUUUACAACUAUCAGCUGAUUUUGCUUGUAUUCUGCCUCCUAGAGUAUCAACAACAAAGAAAGUCGUGUUUUUGGACAGAAAUCUCACUAUUCUUUAUUUUCAGUGCUGAACAUUCAGCAUUUCAAUACAGGGUUGAAAAAGUAAGGAGCACACAAAGAACUUUAGGGGCAAAAUGAAAAUUGAUGAAAUAAUGUGUGUUUUAUUGGUCGACAUAAGUACUAUUAUUUAAUAUAAAUUUUAGGUCAAUUGGUCACAUGACAUGGAAGCUAUUGAAGGGAAACAGCCUUGUUUGAGAACAGCAACUGGUAAUUUUUUGAUGGUCCCUUAUUCAACACCCGCCGUUGACAGUGAGAUUUAACCGCGCUGCUAUUGCUAUUCCUGGUUAUGGAGAGUGAGAAGACACCGGUAGAUCCACAGUGAAUGUCCGUCGAAUAUCAAACCUAAAACUAACUUCACCGCAAUAUUUACAUUAAAAAACAUUUGUAGCCUCGGCUAAUUUUUUUAUGCUCGCAUGUGCCCCUAGAUACAUUUUACAAUUCGUACAUAUCUAUUUUUAGUCACAAAUGCAAGUGCCUCGGUCGCACUGUCGAGCCCUGCAUUACCAUAGACAAUAUAAACUCUUUAGACUGCCUGAUAUGGAUUUCCCUGUCUGACACCUUCCCCCUGGCAGUAUUCGCGGACAUAGAAAAUAAAUAAUAGAUAAUUUACCAGCUAAAAACUCCUUACAGUAGCUUUAAUCUUUGAAUCAAUACUGCAGCUGUAUUUCUAAUAGUAGAUGUAAAUUGUUUCUCUCCGUAACCCUCCAGUAUGUCAUCCCUGGUGAAUACAGAGAGACAUGGGCACGCACCUGUAGGCCAAUCAAAAUACAGAUAUAAGAAAAACACCGAAAAGGAUAGAAGUACAACUCAAGUAAACUCAUAUUUGGCAAAAAAAAAAAAAAAAAAUGUACUUAUGGCUGUAAAUUGACCCGCUAUACUUGAUGCUGUCAUUAAAAAAGUUGAAAACCAAUAAACCUUUUUUUCAAAAGUUUUUCUAUUGAUUUCUGGAUGGUAUCUUGCGACGCCCCAACUUGAUGUUUCAUGACCUUCGCUUUGGGAACCACUGCUUCAAAUUCUAGGAGGAGAUUUGAGGUAUUGUUGGACACAAGAGCAGCCAUACUAGAUGGUUAGUUUGCAGAACACAGUUAAUUCCUCUUGAAGGCUUGUGUGUGUGUAAAUGAGACUAAUACAAGAGUGUUAUGUCAAAACCCACCAGGUGGAGAUGAAGGCUAAUUGAACGGAGCAGUUUUCCCGCACCACAAUGCCUAAUUCUCAUCCCGGCCCUCCCGAGCGUGAAGAGUGCCAAUCAGCCGGACUUAUUUCCAGCUAAACUUAUUUGCAUAUUCAUUUAUUCCGUUUAACAAAAAGGUUUGUUAACAUGCAAAGUCUGCGACCUAGAGUGACACCAUGUCGGCUGCUGUUUUGAUAAGAUUGAUGAGGCUCUUGACUCGCCAGCAUCCAGUUAGCAGGAGCUCUGAAAGAUUUAGCCUUUCUCUUUUUCCCUGCUCAAGUAAUUUAACACGUUUAAGAAACAAAAUGCAAUACAUGUCCAUGAGACUGUUUCUGGUUGGGGCUUAUAAUUCAAUCAGUGGAUGUGAUUGGUUUUGGGGAGUGGGGGAAGGUGUUGUUGUUCUAUAAAGAAACCUAUCUACCCAUUUAGAGAUCUCAAACUCGACAAAAUUUAUCUGGAAGUGUUUUUUUUUCCUCUUGCAGAUCUUUUUUCAACUGAAUUUCAACAACUCAGUAAGAAAUUGGCGCAGACAUGCAUUCAUAGAAUAGUUUAUGAAGUAGAUGCGUCAAAAAACUUUUAUUUCAUUCCCUAAACUUAUUAUCUUAUCAUGUUGUUGUCAUAUUAUUGAAAGUGUACAUGCGUUUUAAACUGGAGAUUAGUUUUCUCAUAGAAAACACUCAAAAAGAGAUCUGAAGAUGCAUAUGUUCUUCACCACUUUCACACUCAUUUUCUCUGUAGCAGGUGCUUCUCUCUCUUCCUCCAUUACCAAAUUAAAGUGGGUUGUGAUUGAAACCAAAACAGAACUGCUCAGAAAGCCAAAACCUCUGUCCUGCGCUCACUUUCAUUUCAUCGGUUGAUGUGAAAUUGUGUGUGCUCAAACCGCUAAAGCGUAGCUUAAGUUUUCAGAUAUUUAACUCCAGUUCAUUGGUUUGUCUCAAAGUUUCUUAUUCGAGCAGAUUCAUAUACCUGACUGGUUAAACCAUCGUGAAACCUCAGGUAUGCUCAGUAAACAGUGCUCACCUUUCACCAUCUUUCUUGAGAUACUAUUAUUGCUUUGGCAUAGUACAUACUUGAAACACUCUUGCAUUACAUGUUGGUAAAAUGAAGAUUUAGGGAAAGUAAUACUUUUCAUGAUGUGUUCAAACGUCACGUCCAAAACAAGAAAAAUUUGAUUGUUCAGAGGAAAACAAUAACAGAAUGAGUUUUUGAUAGGUAAUUAAACAUACUGAAACAGGUAUGUAGGGGUGGGCGAUAUAGACAAGGUUUCAUAUCAGUUUUUUUUUUUUUUUGCAAAAUUAUAACGUGAUUUUAUCACAAAUUUUUAAAUUAUUAUUAUUAUUUUAUUUAUUUAUUUAUUUAUUUAUUUUUUUUGGGGGGGGGGCUAAAAAGUAGAAAUCAUAAAUAAAAUAAAAUAUCCAGACUUUAACAACCAACAGCUGGUCUAAUUCUCCAAUAAAUGUGAAUCUAAAACAAGACUUCACACACAAAAGUCAAGAGUUAUAAAAAUGAAAGGUAGUCUUUCAGACAGGAGGGAUUUUUGGACCACUCUACAGGGACGAGACAAAAUCCGUAACAAUAUAACAGUUGCUGCUGUGUCUACAGGGGGCGCCAAAACCGGCACAGACAGGAAGAUCCUCACUGGAGCUUUAAGGAGUCUCAAUAAUGGUAUCAGGACAAAUGAAAAAAUAAAACACCCCUAUCCCUGAGGCAGAACGGCUUUGCCUCACAGCUACACUUUUGUGCUUUACACUCUGCAGAUGAGGCGUAACUUGACAUCCUGCCUUUAACUGGAAAUGUGCAAGAGCCUUACAUGUCACAUUCACCCACUCACAACAUGUUCAAUGGCAGGCACUGAAAGGUACAAUGCCCAUCAUUAUCAACUCAUCUGCUGAACUCACUCAUGGCAAUGCCACUUAGGAGCAAUUGGGACUGAGUGUUGGUGAAGGACACUUCAGCAGGUAAACUGUGAGAGCGGAACCUUCCCAAUGAGAACUGACUAUCUCUACCACUGAGCCUGAGCUGCCCAAGUAAAUAAUACAUGUGAUAGACUGGAUCUUCUUUAUUUAGUUCAUUAUUCAGGAUUAACAGACAAUAGGGCUGAACAUUUUUGCCCUAUCAGAGGUCCCACCUGUUGUCUGACUCAGUCUAAACACUACACAAUCGAGAAGAAAACACACUGCAGUCACUUUUAAGGAAAAGCAUAAAAGAUGAAAUAACAAGCCCUUCCAGCAGCGUCAGAGCGGAGGGGAAAGCUGAUAUAAGGAGCGGGUGUGCCUCCAGCCUUCAGAUACAGAAAGUGGGACAGUUUGCCCAGCAGCCUCCUCAACAAUACUGCCUCUUCCUGCUGCGGUAACAAGAAAUAUGUCAAAGUGGCACCCAUGCUGAGGCUAUCUCUUACCAAAAUACCAAAGCUGUUCAAGCCUCUGAUAACCCUCAGAUAAGUUAUAUUAUGUAGGAAACUGGCCACAUGAGUGUUACGUCAACUUGGGCUUUAAGGGUUCAGGAAAACUGGGGAAAGAACAAACAAAUCUGUGAAAACUUUCCCAAUGAAAUUGUGCUGAGUGUCUGAGAUUUGAGCUCAGUCGUACUAAAGUUUGUAUCCUGGGCUGGCAAAAUACACUUUGACUGGACUUGUAAUGUCUUACUUGUUCAGUGAAUGUGCACAGACUUUUACGGUGUGUUUUGACUGGAUUUGCAAAAAGACUGAAAACCCCAGUGUUGUCAUUUCACACAUUAUUACUCAGCAGAGACUAUCUUAGAUUGCACACACACAGCCACUCUCUGUGGGAUUUUGACAAACCAAAUGAACAUCAUGCUAGUCAGCUAACAAUUGCAACCAUAAAACCAUUAGGAAAUAUAAUCUGAGGUCUGGCUGAUUAUUCUCUUUCAGUUUGAAUCAGAUUUUAUUUGCAGGCAGUAAAGUCACUCUUGGAUGGUCGAGAGAAAGAGUGCAGGUUAAAGAAGUCCUGCUCAAGGCGACACCUACACUUUUUCUACAGUCUAUGGAAGACACACUUUUUAUCUCUUUACAAGAACCGCACUACAGAUACACAAAGUGUGUAGGUGGAAAAAGCAUUAGUCAUUUCUGAACCAUCUAAAAAUUACGAUUGCUUACAAACCUUUUACAGUCGGUCAAAUUUACCAAGUUUAAUUGAUCAGAAGAAGGUGCUUGUUUGAAGCUUUGUGUGUGUGGAUCAAAUUGACCCAGAGAGAAAUAUUUAAAUCAUAUUAGUGAAAGCAGGAUGAACUUUGGAGAUGUAACAUAUGACUUGUGUUUUAUCAGAUGACCAGUUCCUGCACCUGGAGCAGUGAGUCUGAAUAAAUCAGCUUGUUGUUUCAACUCUCUUAAUUAAAUCAUCUCAUUUCUCCUCCUCUGUAUCCCUGUCCAGCUGAUAAAAGCAGCAGUAGCACUGUGGUGAAGCAUGGUGCGAUGGAGCAGCGUGAGGGGCCCCGGGGCCGUUGGACAGCCUGCCACGUCGAGCUGACACCUUGCGAGCUCCGGCUGUACACUCUGGACAGCAGCGCCAACCGCCAGCUGGGAACCGCCUACUCUCUGUCACACUGCCAGAGCGUCAUCUCGCCGGCUCCCUGCAGCCAGCCGGGCCAGAUCACCCAGCCUGCCGAUCAACGCACGCUGCAGGCUUUGUUCUUCAACAGCACGCGUCUCCAGCUGAGGGCGGCCAGCCAAUGGGAGGCGAUGGAGUGGAGGCGGUUGAUAUGGGAGAAAGUGCAGGUCGCCAGACCAGCGAGGCAGGAGAACCGCCAGCGCAAGAGCGGAUCGGACAACCAGGUCGUAAAGUUUCCUGCUCCCAUGUCACCUUCCUCAUCGCCCUCUCCCUCAGGGCUUGACACCCGUCCUGAUGGAGACAGUGACACCCCCACCUCUGCAGAAGCCUCACUGUCUCAGCAGUCCACUUCUGGCCUCCUGAGCAGACCCACCACCCUUCCUCUGUUCACCCAACGCUGCCAGGACGUCCUCAAAGCUGGUCUCCUCCACCAGCUGGUGGAUCAGAACAACUGGAGAGCCUUCACCUUUGUCCUGACCAGAUCUGCACUCCGAGCCUUCGCCACUGAAGGCCGUGGGUCCGUGUCCCAGCCUGUCCUUCAGUACUCUCUGUCUUCCUGCUCAGCUGUGCAGCACGAUCAGGAACCGGAGAAUGGAGAGGUGUGGACUGAAAAAGGGAACUGCUUCCAGGUGGUCUUCCCCAAAGAGGUGCUCCAGCUUCAGGCAGAUGAUCAGCUCAAGGCCCAGGAAUGGGUGGAGGCCCUGCAAGAAGCGGUUGCAGCGCAGAGGCCUGCCCAAGAGGAAGAGGGCGGUUUGGGAGAAGGAGCUCCGAGCCUCCAAGGGGUGCUGCUGAGGUCCAAACCAUCCAGGGAGAGGAGGCAGAGGGAGGCCCAGAGAGCCAAGAGGCAGUCAGUCACCACCAGCUUCCUCAGUAUUCUCACCUGUCUGGCUGUGGAGAAGGGCCUCACUGCUCAGAGCUUCAGAUGUGCAGGUAAAAGAACCCUUCAGCUACACCUACAUUCAAAAAUAGACCUGGAUUUUUUAUUCUCAAAAAGAGAAAGAAAAUAACCAAAUAGACUUUUAUUAUCAGAAGGACAAAAUAUCAAAAAGAUUUGGAGAAUCUGGAGAAAUCUCUGUACGAAAAGGAAAAGGCUUAAAACUUAUACUGGAUGGCUGUGAUAUUUGGGCCCUCAGGUAGCACCACAUUAAAAUUUAAUAUGAUUCUGUGGUGGAAAUCACUGCAUGGGCUCAAAACCACCUCUAAAACUGCUGUCUUUGAACACAGUUUGCUGCUGCUGCAAACAGCAACUCAUAUUAGUAUGACUGAGAGGAGACUGGACUGGUGUUUCUUUGUUGGUACAUGUUGCUGGCAUCACAUUUAAAAUAAGCACAUAUACUCACUGGCCACUUUAUUAGGUACACCUUACUUGUGUCUGGUUUGACCCCCUUCCUCUCCAUUCGUCGUCUUGACCAUUAACAUGCCCAAAUGCAUUAAGCUGCUGCCAUGUAAUUGGCUGAUUGACUUUUUGUGUUAACAAGUAAUUGAACAAGUGUACCAAAUAAAGUGGCCGAUGAGUGUAAAUAAAUAUAUGUAUUUCAUAAAACAACAGGACCUAACAGCUGUAACAUCUGAUGAGUUGUCUUUGCACUAUUUACAGUUAAUUUGAGGGUGUAAAUAUUUACAAAAAAAAAAAGAUUUAUUUUUAUUAACAUUUUACUCAGAAUCUGAUUUGACAAAUGAACAAAAUUUUAUGAAAUGUAAAGAAGUUCUAAUUCUGCAUCUAAAGUCAAACCCUGUCCAUGCAGGAGAUCUGUUUUCACUCUUUGAGUCUUUACUUAACUAAAAACUUUUCUAGGUGGUUACAUUAUUCCUUCAUGUUGGACAGAUACUGAUGAUGCCUAUUCCUGCCACUCGGGGGUGUUAAGCAGUGUUUUGUAUUUAUUCUUAAUCCUUUUUCAUGUCCUGAACCAUUACAGCCUUCCUCCUCUUCCUUUAUUAUUAUCCCUGCUCAGCUCUGUGACAGUCCCGUAAAUGGCAGGCGGUGCUUUUACUCUCCCUGGGUGUGAAACGUAGGCUUCCUCUCUCUCUCUUCUCUCUCUUCUCUCUCUUAGGAGGGCUUUGAAUAAUCACCGCUCACCUCCCUUUUUAUUUGUAACAACUGGCUUAUUAAUGCAGGGCUGUUUGAAAGGCCAGCUGAAACAGGAACAAGGACAGAGGCCGUCUGGGGGCAACUGAUGAUAAUUGGUAGGCUUAAAGCACCGGAGGAGAGGAAAAAUGGAUGAAUGAAUGAAUGAAUGGGAGCGAAUGAAAGCGGCCUGGGGAUGCUGCAGUGGUUAGGCUUGAUCGUGGUUGUUUGAAUGAAGGGUUUUCUGGGUAGAGCUGCAUGGGAGAGACAGCUGGAUACGUCCAUUUUUCUGUGCAUGAGCACACCUCUGCCCACUCAGUCCAUUUAUUUCCCUUCCUUUCCUCUCUCGCUUUCUUUUUUACUUUAACUGGCACAUUCACGCUCUCAACUUUCCCCUCUGUUUGUCCCUUUCUGCCUUUAUUGUAUCCUUUCUUAAGCUCCCCCAGUGGUACCUUAACAGGUGCUAAAAUUCUCUAAUAACAUUUAGAUUUAAAGCCCUAAAACUGAAUGUUGGUGCGGAGGUAAUUGUGGGAUUUCUUUUGUUUUUAAAGGCUUGUUUGAAAUGUUUCUGAUUUUGAAAAUCCAUGGGCAUUUUUUGGAUUUUGGACAAGCUCACCGUCCAAGAAUGAUUGAAAUUAAAGGACUUAAAACUUGUGUAAUUAAAUGGUUUGUACUCGUCAGUCAGCGCUGAAAUAAUAAAAAAAAUCAGUUUAUUAUUUAUCUUAAUUUUUAUUCCCAACUUAAAGCUCCUGUGAGGAGCGUUUGGCAGCAAUGUGUCUAAUUUGGCCCCACCUUUAAGGUCCUUACACACUGGGAGCGUUUUUACGUGCAAUUAUUUCGGAUGUCUAUUUUUUUUCGAACCCGUAUCCUGUCAAUACAAGCUAGACAUCAGAGAUGUUUUCCCAUCCUGCAAUAUUGUGGCAUUUAUUUUUUUGUAUCAUGGUCCAAUUUCUAAAGUUUCACAUACUGUGUGUCCACUUCUGACCGAUCAGAUUUCGUGUUGUUGCAACAUCUGAUUCACCAGUAUAUCCAACAUGGCCGACCGACUGAUUGUUUACGUGUCGGAGAACAGAGUGCUUUUUGAUAAAAAACACAAACAUUACAAAGAUAACGACCUGAAAGACAACUUGUGGAAAGUCAUUGCGUCAGAUCCCUCAUAUGACGAUGGUUUCUGUGCUUAAACAGUUUGCUAAACGUCUUUGUUUUAACUUUCAUCUGUGCUAAGUAACUUUAGCUCGUAAGCUAACCUGUUCAGAUACAACAUACCAUAUGUAUUUUUACUGUCUCAAACUCAAUGGUGUUGCUGUCACAGCACCAUUAGGUCUCAGUUGUUACCUUACGUUUAUGGAUUAUAGUUUAAUGUGCUUAUCUGGUACUGGCCCCGACUCAUAGUACAUGCUAUCAUGACAGACAGACAUCUCAACACUAGUGUCUAAUCAGAACUGAAAAACACUCAGUCUGCUGUUGUGUCAGUCUUCUCGCUUCCAUUUGGGAUGCGUCUUUUUUUCCCCCUGGAAAGUCGCAAAAUUGCAUCAGGCUUGAUGUGUAUAAUCAGGCGCGUCAAAAUUCGCCGCUGAAUAUUUUGUAAUUUUGCGUCGUAAAUUUGCAUCAUUCCCGGUGUGUAAGGACCUUUUGGACUAAGCAGUCUUUACUUUUCUCGUCCUCUCCAUGAGUGCAUAGUAAUUCUCAUCAUGUUGACUUUUGCAGACAAGGCCAUCAGUGACAACAUUAAAAGUUUCAAUACUGUAAUUUUGAAUGCCUUAAGCUGGUGAAAGAGGGUCUGUAUCAGCGUUUUUACAUUUGACACUUUUCAGUAUUUAUAAUGACUGAAAUAUUUUGACCAUCAAAAAUCCGCAGGUAAGAUUUCUUUGCCACAAGACGCCAUUAAAACAUGUGGAGGACAAGGUUAGUAAAACUGCUUUGUCCACAAUAAGGCCAAAAUUGACACAAUUUGAAAGUUCCUCAUUGAAGCUUUACAUAACACUGCUUUAUCACCAUGAUGGCCUACAAGAGCCUUUUUUACUAAUCCUCAAAGCUCUUAGCUGUAAUUCAUCUAAAACUUUCAUCUAAUUGCUUAAACAUGAAUGGAUAACAGAUUAUUCAUAUAUGUUCAACAAGACCUUUUGAUGGGAGCGACCGCGCUGUCCUAUGGUCAGUCUGCUCCUCAGGUUUCCUCUGAUUUGUCUUUGAACUCCUUUUAAGUCUGCCCUUUGCAUAUGGAUGUCACACAUAUGCAUGCAUAUGCAGCGACUGGUUAUUUUACAUCAAAACGUGAAAUGAAUUCAACUAAUUACACUUAUGGAUUACAGGGGUUUGUUGUCUUUGAAGGAAGUGGGUUGGUAUCUAUUUGAAGAUCACGAGCAAAACACCUACACACACGUACAUGCGCACAUUAGAGUGCGUUUCUGGGGUUUGGUGAACCGGAGCACAUUCUCAGGACCCCGACGGACCGCCUGAAUCUGUGGGACAGGGGCGCUCUGGGUGAAGUGGUUAUUGGUAGAUAUGAGGGAAUCAAGGAAGUAGGUGGGCUCACAUCAAAAGAUAAACAGUCUCUCCCUCUCUGUCCACCUCACACACACCAACACACACGAACACACACUCUCUAUCUUACUCACAGUACUCUCCAUUUGUGCACAUUUUCAUUUGAGUGUUUGGUUGGUGUGAAUGAGACACAUCAAAGCUCAGGCUUCUCCCGUCUUUUCAGUUUUAAUUCACACACACACACACACACACACACACACACACACACACACACACACACACACUCCUGUGCCCUCUCAAAGGUGUGUUAGUAAAAAAAAAAAAAAAAAAAAAUCAGUGCCGGGCAGAUGAAAGCAGAAGCCCCUUUUCAGCCCUGAUGUCAUCUCUCUCUCUCUCUCCCUCUCUGUAUCUCUAUGUCUCUCUAUCCUCCGUACACUCGCCCCGGGCGGGUCAAAGUAACCCUCUCUCACUACAGAGAGCCGCGGUACAAUCGGUAGACCUUUGAGCCACGUUUGAAUUCCCAUUCAUCUUUCCCUCUGUCCCUCUCUCUGUUCGUCCCAGAAAGACCCAUAAAAGAUCAGAGACAGGCAGAGAAAGCAGUUGUUACUCAGCGCUGAUAAUGGAGGAUGUAUUUAGAGGUAGAGAGCGUUAAUAGCUACUCCUUAAGAUGAGAAAAGCAAGACACAUUAGAGUUCGAAUAGCUGGUGGGUAAGUUAAAUGGCUAAAUAGCAGUUCAUUUAGAGUUGUAGCUGCUAAUGUGGUGACGGUGGUGCUUUUAUUUACAUCCUCGACCCCAAAAAGGAAGGAUGCUGUGUAAAAUGUUGAUAAAACACAUUUUUAAAUGGUAACUGGUAACUGAUACUGGAUGGCCAUGACUUAGGGCUGGGUGAUAUGGCCUCCAUAUCAAUAUCACGAUAUAUUGAGCAGUUCUGCUCGAUAAUGAUAAAUGGAUGAUAACUACUCCACAAGCUGCUCACCCCCUCCCACAUUAACUUUGUCUACUUCGGCCGCCGCUCCAACCGCUCCAACUUUUGAACCGUCCUCCAUCUCCUCACCUGUCUUUCCCUCUUUGUUACGGACUGGAUGGGGUGGAGUCAUGCUCCUCUGACGUAGGACAGCAUCUUAAAGGGACAUGAGACCAUAGCCUACCUACACACAUCCAAAACCAACUUUGAUUUGUUUAUUUUUUUGACGCCCAAUGUACUGAUAUGGGCAAAAUGACAUUGGUUAUUGUUGUAAAUUUCGGUAUCUGUAAAUUUUCAGUUUAUCGCCCAGCCCUACCAUGACUGUUUCAAAUUUUAACAUGACUCUGUAGUGGAACUCAUUGCGUGGCCUCAAAAUCCCUGUAAGAAACUAUUGUCUGUGAACAAAGUUUGCUGCUGUAUCCACAAAUGAAGGUUUAAACUUCACCAUGCAAAGAGGACACCAUAAAAAACAUGAUCCAAUAAUACUGGAGACUUUUCUGGGCCCAAGCUCACAGAAGAUGGAUUGAGGCAAAGUGGUUAGUCUGAUGGGAGGCUUUCAUUCCUUAUGGAAAACCUUUUUUUUUUUUUUUUUUUUUUUGUGGAAUUUACCCAAACCGGUCAUUUUCAUCACUGAUUAACAUUUGCAUGUUUUCUGUUCUUUAGCUAUUUAUGCAUACUCAGUCUCUUGGGUAUGCAUAAGUUGGUCAACAAUGAACGACCCACAACCAACAUGUUCCCACACUACAUAGCUUAGUGUCCGAUUAGCAUAUUGAGAUCAGAAUAAUGUCAAAAUAAACGGUCUUAGGCCUAAAGUCACCCAGGGAAGUACCAGAUAGCACCUGUUUCUUAUGAGUCUCCGUUUCACUGUUAACGGUAGGUUGCCCAGAGGCUUCACUUUGGUCUACUAAAGCUGAACCAGAAACAGAAACCUAUUUUCUUUUGAUCUAUUUGCAGUUAACAGGUGUUAAGUUUCCCAAUUUAAACAUCAUGGUUGAGAUUCUUAAAAGUUGAGCCUAACUUUGUCAGGUCUGUCACAGGAAGUUUGACAAUGUAAACACUAAAAACAAAUAUAUGUAAAGAGUAAGAAUUAUUUUAUCUUUUACAAAUUGUUAGCUGCACUUGCACGCAGAUAUUUCUUCCUAUCUGCAUUGGUUUUAUACAAAAACAUGGUCCGUCCCUGUUGAAUCAGAUUUAAAUGUUUCCUCUGGUCACUCUGCUCUGAAGUUGUUUUGCUUCUUGUUGAGGUUUUGGUUUGAAACAGAUUCGUAUCCUCUGUGUUGUUUUGCCUCUUUUUCAUCCAUAUUCCCACAUGCAUUAUCUGUAGAGGCUUCACUGCUUGUUUUCAUGUAGAGCUUGCCUUUGGUGAAAGUACCCUUUUUUUCCUCCUCUGUCUGUGUGUGGGUGUUUUCUCCUCUGGUCUCCAUGAUAUAGAAUUUGAGGUUGAGGUUAAAAGUUGUCAUUUAGGUUGCAAAUGUCUCUCAGGCCACAUACGUAUGUGCCUUUGUCCCUCGGGUCCCAACAGAAGCUGACCGAGCUGCAGCCACAGUUGGCCUGAAAGGCGGCCUGGCGGUCAGCUGUUUCCUCGAAGUGACACAGUGUUUCUGUGCCUGCUGGCUUCCAAACAGUGGACUGUGGGUUUUUUCAAAGAGCAUCCACCCCAACAACAGCAUGAGCUCACUGCUGAAAUUAGCUUAAAUCUGACUUAGACAUAUGUGUUUAAUCAUGGGUCAUUUAAAAAGAUAAGACUUUCUUGUUGUCUUUUUUCCCCAUCAUUUUAUCCACAAGCAGUAAAUCCUCCAAAAUAUGUUCAAUAUCUUUUGUUUUAACUCUGGAGAUUGGAUGAAUUUCCCUGAUAAGUUGUAGAUUAUUGCGCUGUUGCUCUUAUUUUGGAAUCAGCAUGUGAUCAGAGCAGCCAGACCACAUCGGGAGGUUUUUCUGACUCACACUGUGAUCAAAUGUUUGAAGGGUAUGAAUGCAGUUUGCACAGUUCAACCACAUGAGACAAUAUUUAAGUUGAAAGGCCACCUAAAUAAAGCUGCCUUUUUUUGAAGGUUCAUUCAGCUGUGCAAUGACAAAGAACAAGCAAAUAAAGCCAUGAAGAGGCUUUCUUAAUAAGAAGGUCUGGGAGGAGCUGAUAAAAUGUUAUGUUGAGUUAGCACCAAGAUAAGAAGCUGGUUAGUAAUGCUGCCAAAAAGUCUCAGCCCCAGUCACUUUUAACUCCGAAGAAGGUUAGUUACACUUGCACUAACGCUGCUGUUAAAGGGAUAUUCCGGUGUAAAAUUAAUUUAGGGCAAACACACCAUAACACCGAGGUUAGACACCCCCUCGAGAGAUGAAUGUUGCCGACCGCUUGCUUCUCUAGUUAUACCAACUUUAGUAACGACCGCAUGAUAGCAAUACACAGCGGUCUACAUCUCCACGUGCACACCUCAACCAGAACACUACUCUUUAGCCACAAAUAAAGCUCAGAGCAGCACCUAACUUCAUCAACAGUACAUAUAGGGUCCUAGCCACAGCAUUAGUCACCAAACAUCUUUUUAGCUUUGCCUGAUUUCUUUAGCAAAGAGACCUAACACAACUCACCCUCUCUCUUCCAGCAGCCACUUGUAUGUAGCGGGACCUCAGACAAGUCCAUUACCGACUGCUGCGGGGUGACGCAGCUCAAGGAAGAACAUUUAUCAUCAUUUUUUCAUGGAAAUACAAUCAGACCGAGACGCUAAGGCAGAAGAACUACUGUGUCUGCAGUGCAAUAUGAUUAAUAUGAUGAUUAUUACUUCAGGGAAAUGAUAAAGUAAUAAUCAUAAAUGUUCUUCAUUGAGCUGUGUCACCCCGCAGCAGUCGGUAAUGGACUUGUCUGAGGUCUCGCUACAAACAAGUGGCUGCUGGAAGAGAGUGGGGGAGUUGUGUUUAGUCUCUUUGCUAAAGAAAUCAGGCAAAGUUAAAAAGAUGUUUGGUGGCUAGUGCUAUGGCUGAGACCCUUUAUGUACUGUUGAUGAAGUUAUGUGCUGUUGUGUUCAUUAUUUGUGGCUAUAGAGUGGCGUUUUGGUUGAAAUUUGUGCAUUGCUCCUCAGACCGCUGUGUAUUCCUAUCGUGCGGACGUUACUAAAGUUGGUAUAACUAGAGAAGCUAGCAGUUGGCAACAUUCAUCUCUCCAUGGGUUGUCUAACUCGGUGUUAUGGUGUGUUUGACCCUAAAUUAAUUUCACGCCAGAAUGUCCCUUUAAUUUCCAGGUUUCUACUUCUAAACCAAACCACUAAUAUAUGUAUAGUCUUGGAAUAAAUGAACAGGCCUCCUUGUGUUGAGACGUUUGUUGGCGACAGACCUGUUUGGGUUUUUGCGUGUCUGAUGAGAUAAAACAGGACUCCAACUCUUAACACUGAUUAGACCAUUGUACGUUUUGAUCAGAUGUCAGAUCAUCGUCUGUGAUAAAACAAGUAGCUGGAACAACUUCUCUUUCCUGUCUGCAUUUAUCCGCCUUCAUUUGAUGUCAUUCUUUCCUCUCAUCUCUUGAUAGCCUUCAACUCGUUCUGUCUUUUUUUCAUUUCCCCCUCUUCCUUUCUUUCUUUCAGUGUGGGUUGUUUCUUGUGUUGAAGGACCACUAAGAAACAGGCUGACACACGCCUCUCUUCCUCUCUCCUUCGUCUCUUCUGUAGCUUUACAUGCCUCCAUUUUUUCCAAAACCUAGAUCGCAAUCUUCUGUCCUUUUUCUCCUGUGCCUGUCUUCAUUUGCUGUCGUCCUCGCACAGAUUUUCAGGAUAAGGGACACCUGUUGUAGCGCUGUAGCGUCUCUGAGCUGUUGGUGUGUGUGUGUGAUCUUAGAGCAGGGCUGGUUGUUUGGGUGGAGGAGGAACUUUAAAGAGUGGAGAAGACAAAGCAGAAAGAGGGGCAGGUAUCGUGCUGAAUAGAGCUGAUGAUCUGUUUGUCUUUUAUGUCUACAAAACACUUUAUUAUUGAAGUCUGCUGUGUUGUGACUACAGGAGGACCAAGACUCUGUUAUUUGAGGGAUUACUUCCAAUGAAACCAGGAGGCAGAAUUUAGCAAACAUUGAUGUUAAUAUUACCAAGCAGUAACUCUGUUCAAAUAUAAUUUACUUUUAGUUUAGGACAUCCUGAAGUAGGACAUAAUUUCAGGCAUUUUACGAACAGGAAUAGAAACAAAUGAUUAAUUUAACAAUAUGUUUGAGCUAUUUCCUACCGCAAAUAAUACACCUUUAAAGGUUUUCAAUCAAACAACAACAUGAGCUAACUCCUAAAAUAUGUCCUUUUGUGGACGGAGACCUGAGACGUAGUGAUACUGUCGAUUAUAUUUAACUGUAACCACAAAAACACAGGAUGCAAAGACUUCAAGACAGACGUAUAGUUUUGGUCAGUUUGUGUUUUUCAGUCCCUUAAUUUGGCAACAACCUAAGUUUGUAGCAUUUCCUGUUAGACCACAGUCAAAGGUGGGACGAGGAGCCAGAGGACAUGGAAAUGACCUUUUUGUGCAUUCACGUUACAUCGAGUUUGGCAAAAUACUUUUCACUAUUAUGCCUGUCAACAAGAUGCAACCUUCUAUUGUUUUUAUCUUGGAUAGUGUUAAAGGGAUAUUUUGGCAUUAAAUUAAGUCAGGGUCAAACACACCGUAACACUGAGUUAGACACCCCCUUGAGAGAUGAAUGUUGCUGACAGCUUGCUUCUCUAGUUAUACCAACUUUAGUAGCGAUACACGCAGAUAGCAAUACAGAGAGCCACGCGCUCAACCAAAACGCCACUCUAUAGCCACAAAUAAUGCUCAGAACAGCACCUAACUUCAUCAACAGGACAUAUAGGGUCCUAGCCACAACACUAGCCACCAAACAUCUUUUUAGCUUUGCCUAAUUUUUUAGCAAAGAGACUAAACACAACUCACCCUCUCUCUUCCAGCAGCUGCUUGUUUGUACAGAGACCUGAGACGAGUCCAUUACAGACUACAGCGGGGUGACACAGCUCAACAUUUAUGAUAAUUUCUUCAUGGAAAUACAAUCAGACCGAGACGCUAAGGCAGAAGAACUACCGCAUCUGCAGUGCGAAAUUAUUAUUAUGAUGAUUAUUACUUGAUAAAAUAAUGAUUAUAAAUGUUGUUCCUUGAGCUGCGUCACCCCGCUGCAGUCGAUGGGCUUACCCAGAGGUCAAACAAGCGGCUGCUGGAAGAGAGUAGGUGAGUUGUGUUUUGUUAAAGAAAAAUUCACAUGUUUACAAGCUAAAGCUGGUGCAAGUAAGGGAGAGAAAAUGUGGGCAGCAGUGGUCAGUUGAUAGAGAGACUCCAGGUAAAGUAAACAAAGCAAAGAAAUGGGAAAGUAAGAAGUUAGUCCCUGAUUGUGUCAAAGCCAUGAGCUGAGUGUGUCAAAGCCAUGAGCUGAGUGUGUCCCACUGCUCUGCCCACCACCACAGCCUCUGCAUCCCGAGCCCUCCUUAUUCAGAGGUCGCAAAAUAGUAACAUUUUGUUGAGUCCUUGCGCAUUAAAUAAAGAUACAUAUGUCGACGAUCUCUGUAGACACACACCCUCUCUGAGUUUAUGAAUGAUGAUUCAGAGUAAAUAUUUUAUUUUGGUUCCACAUUAUUUUUAGGAAUAUCUCAUUUAUAUCGCUUUGAUUUGUGUUUAUUAAUAGUCUGUCCAAAGUUGGUCUGUGUCCAACCGCUUUUCCUGAGCCAGCACUGUGUUUGAGUUGGGAUUAAAAUUGCCUUUGUGUCUGGACAGGGAUUGAUGUUGUCACAUUGCCAUAAUUGAGCUCUGUAAAUAGUCCAGAUAUUAAAACCCUUAUCAGAAAAAACACCCUAUUUGACAACCAACCUUCAGCUCUCUAAGUGGUGCAAUAAAGUUGUUUGUCACUUGUGCUUCAUAUUAAGUCUAUAUACGAAGGUCACCUUAUUGGGGUCAGAGUCCUUUGUUUAAACUCCAUGAUGUUUGUUAUCUUCAGGUUCUCUCGGCUCGAUUAUCAGAGUAUCUAGUAAGGGGUAAUAAACUGACACAUAUUAGCAUCAAGUUCACAUCGAGCUUAUCAUGAAGCUCGGUUAUCAACCUUUUUGCCCACCUUAUCUUGUUUUUGCCGCCUCUAUGGCAGGUUGUUGACACCAAAAGCUCACUUGUGCAACACCUUAUGGUUUCUUAUCAGUUCGGACAUGAUAGAGCAGCUCAUAAUUGCUUUGUUUAUUGAAACCUUCUUUUAAUAAUUUUAAUGUGCAGUACAUGAAAAAUGGAGUUAAACCCAGCUCCUUAAUAACAAUAACAGGCAUUCACACCCCUCAAUGAAUGGCCUAAUAUUACAUUUGUGUAAAUUAAAUCCAGGCACACACAAAUCCUCACACUGCUCCACUUUUACCCUCAGGAUGUCAGCGUCCAGUUGGUCUCUCCAGAGGAAAAGCGAAGGUCUGCUACUACAGCGGCUGGUACUACUGUCAGAGCUGCCAUCAGGACAACUCUUUCCUCAUCCCAGCACGCCUGCUGCACAACUGGGACACCAGCAAGCACAAGGUGAGAAAUCACAACAUAUUUAGCAUUUCAAUAUGCUGCUUCUACCUGUACAUGCUAUUUGUUGUGAUCAAAGAUAAAACAAGUAACCUGUAAGAUCCUGUUUUGGGCCAAAAAAAGCUUUUCCUAAUUUUACAAUAUGAUGUAUGGUUGUUAUUAUUGCCGGUAAUUUCUUGUGCUCUUCCAGGUGUCUAAACAGGCUAAGGAGUUCCUGGAGUUUGUGUAUGAGGAGCCUCUUCUGGAUGUCCAGCAGCUCAACCCCUGUCUGUACGAGCACUGUGAGGCUCUGAGCACGGUGCUGCGUCUCCGUCAGCAGCUGCAGUCGCUGCGGGCCUACCUAUUCAGCUGCAGGGCGACUGUAGCAGAGGACCUCAGACGGAGGUCAGUGAUCUCUGUGGUGCUGUGUCAUCACACAGUCUGGUAGACUGAAAUAUUUGUUAGUCUCCUGUUGACUGUCAGACACGUUUACAUCUCCUGGUUUGAUAAGUUCAUGUGUAUCGCAUGUGUGUAUGUCUGAGUGCUUGAAUGUAUAUUGCUACAACUUUUAUCUGCAUGCAUUCCUGCACACAUGUAUGGUUUAUAUACAUGAAAGAUGUGUGUAUACGUUCAUGUGUGUGACAGUCUGGGGGGCGGGAUGUUUAUCUGUUGAGGUCCCUCACUGAAAGCCCUGUCUGUAGGCUGAUGGAUGCAGAUUGCCCUGGUCAAGGUCACUAAUAUGCGCUCAUCUUAUGGGCCAUGUCUGGAGGAAAAAUCACCUCCACACACACACACACACACACACAGAGAGGUCUGACAAACAGUCUGGAAUUAUACAAAACCGAAAACAUCAGAUAGCAUUGAAGAUACUUUUAGAAAAGUUUGUUCUGACGGGUUGGGUGCUAAAGUAAAAUGUUGAAAAACACACAUGAUUCCAAGUCGGAGAGGCUCGGAUCAUCUUCAGUGCAGAUUAGAGGGUAGAAAAGUCACCCACACCACAGGAUAAUCUUGUCAGAUGAUUUCAGAGUCAUCCAAUAACAGGGCUGUUGCUGACUUUUGUUGGAAGGGAAAAAUCUGGCCCAAAAUUGGUGCAAUUACUUGUAGCUGAACCGACUAUUCCAUUCAAAUGAAUGAAAUCUGCAAGUAAACCAAAGUGAAUUUGCUGAAUUGUUCAUUUGGCAUAAAAUAAACACCCUAACCCAACCGUGUUUCUGACAUUGAUAUCAGUAAUGCUUUGACAAUAACUUAAUGUGUUUUUCUGAGGUAUGUUUCCGGCCAGGAUAACUCUGUAUUUUAGAUUGUAGUGUGCCUCAUAUGAAAAUCAGUGUUUUUUUAAGCCUCAUGAAGAUCUUUAAUGUUCCAGGAGAAAUGAGCUUUCCAGGGCUUGAUAAGAAGCUUUGAACCAAACCUAGGGGUAUUUUUCUAAUGGUCCUAAAAAGCCUGUAUUUGUGGUGCAGAGAGGAGCAGCAUCACGGUAUCCUGUGUUUACUUCUGUCCCAUUAGCUAGUGCCGGCUAGUGCCCCGCCACUUCCAAACACUGCAGGAUUGAUGAGGGCCAUGGCGCUAAAACCUUCCCCUUGUCAUCAGUCUCCUUGAGGGGGGGAUCUGAGGAGAGAUGUCUGCUGCAUGCAGGCAGAGACUCAGGGAUACACACACACACACACACACACACACACACACACACACACACACACACACACACACACACACACACACACUCAAAAACAUAAGACACUUGAGGCUGUAAGGUGGAGAUGGCUGUAUUUUCAUCCCUCUGAAGUAGGCCUGCACGAUAUAUCGUUUGAGCAUCGUCAUCGCGAUGUAUGUGUGUGCGAUAGUCACAUCGCAGAGCCUGCGAUGUCGGAGGUGAAUGAACUCAGUUAAUUUCAAGGGUAGCUGACUGAGAUACACUCCAUGUGACUCUGCAUGUGCUGUGCACCGAUCCACCAAUCACCUUUGUCCUUUACUCAGUUGCCAAUCAGACUACCCUGCCAGCUGUCCAUCAAAAUCAGAGAGGAGGAAACCCACCCCUGCACAUGUUCUGCACAUGGAGCUACUCGCUGGCUGCUGGUGUUGAGCCGAGAAACGCGUGUCCGCUGAGAAUUAGUUUCGGAACUUUAUUCAUGACUGUUAAGCCCAACAAAUAAGAACUGGAUGGGUUUUAAAAUGUAUAUUUCUGUGGACCACUCUACUUUAAGCGGUGCGCAUUUUGCGAGGUGCAUGCAAUUCUUGGAGGACAUGCGUUUCUCAGCACAACACCGCUAACAACAACAACGAUUGCAAAAUGAGCAAUGAACAAGAGAAAACCACCGAAAAUGAAGAUUUGUUGCCAAAAAGAAAAGGAAAGUCAGUUAUCUGGAAUUAUUUCGGUUACAAGAUGGAUGAUGUCGACCAAAACACGUUCUGUGUUCAUCUGUUGCCACAAUAACGUUCCAGAACAAUAAAAGCUAAAUAUCUCUGAGACAGACAGAAGCCAUUCUACUAACAUUCACAAAAAGAGGUAAGAUCAGAGCAGGUUAACUGUCCUCAAGACUUCAGCGGUGCAGCAUAACAUUAAAUGCUAUUCAGGUCAUCUGGUGAAAAUUCCUAUAUUUUUAAUAUCGCAAUAUAUAUCACAGGGUUGAAAAAAAUCGCAAUGUUAGUUUUUUUCCAAUAUCGUGCAGCCUUGAUCUACAGACAUGUAUCUUGUCAAAAAUCAUGAUGAACCUUUGCCACCCUGAGGUGUACUAAAUAGUGAAAUUCUGGCCUCUGGCCCAUAGCCUAAAAUUGUAAUGAACGCUGUAAGGGAGAGGAACAAUGUUGUGGGAGAGAUAAAAGUAAGUAAAAAAGUGAGUAAAAAACACCCCAAAUAUGUUUAGAACAACAAAUGAACUUUAUUCUGUCGAUUCUUUUUUUAAUGUCACAACUCCAGCCCUCCUCCUUUAUCCCGGCUGGGGACCGGCAAAAUUGACUCAAUUGAGACAAUUUGGCGGAGUUACUGUUUUUUUUUUUUUUUUUUAAUUUAAUUUAAUUUUUUUUAUUGUUUUUUUUUUUUAUUUAUUAUUAAAUAAAAAAAUUGUGUUGUUUAUUUUUCUUUUGCUUUUCUUGUUUUCUAUCUUUGAAAGUAUAUUCUUUAUGUUCUGCAUAAAAGUGAAGAAAGGGUAGGCACAAUAAGCCAUGGGCUUCAGCCUACACCUUUUUUGGUCCAAUGAUUUAAAUGAAAUGAGAUGAAAAGUGUAAUUAUAACAUUUUGGGACCAAAAAUAAACUGAACUGAACUGAACUGAUUAACACAACAGGUUUAAACACACACCAAUGACAUUUAUAUGUAUAGAUUUCUUGAUGUAUUUAUUGUAUGAACUAAUAAUGGUUAGACCUGACGAAGUGAAUGUGACAUGUUAUGUAAAGUGCGUUGAGUGGUCAAAAAACUGAAGUGAGAGAGAGAGAGAAACACUGUCCUUUUUCAUAUUUGAUAUGAACAGUUAUUAAUUUUUUACUUGAAUUCGGAUUUGGGAUAACCAGAGCACCCGGAGAAAACCGUACAUACGUUUAAUAUUUAAAAUGGACAGAGCGUUAACAUUUUGAGUUUUGUCGGGGUUUUUUUUUAACCAGAAUUUGGAUAUGGGAAAACCGGAGCACCCGGAGAAAACCGUACAUGCGUGCACACGCUCCAUCAGCCAGAUUUAAAGGUCUAACUCUGCCUCUGUUUAGAAAAACUGAUUGGUAGCAUAGUUUGCAAAACCUGUGAACGUGUCCCAGAUCCUAGCCAAAACCCCUUUUGCCUCGUUCUGUUUUGCUCUUUCCAGUUCCCCUCUGAGGACUUCAAUGUCUUGCUCCAAAACGUCCCUCUCUUCCCUCUCCUUGGCGAGUGCACUCUCCUGCCUCUCAAUUUUGACAUACAGCUCAUCAUUCUUCCGUUUCAUUAGUUUAAUCGUGGUUUGAAGAUCAUGUAUUUCUCUUUUGUGCUCUUCGAUUAUUUCGCACAUGGCCACCUUCUUCUCUUCAGCCUCCUUUAUCUUCUCUUUGACAUCUCCCAGCUCUUGGUGGAGGGACUCCUCUCUCUUGGUGGCUUUGGACAGCUCCUCUUUAACCUCCUCCUUUUCUACCUGGAAGCUUUUCUUCAGCUCUUCUGUUUCUCGCUGCAGAGAUUCAGUUUUCUGCAGUAAAUCCCAGUUCUCUUUUUGGAGGGCACAUUUCUCCGCAAACAACUGCACGGCCUCUACAAUCAAAUCUUUCGGGUCUACCAACGGCUUAUAUUUUAAGGUCAUGUUGAAAUCUGAAACAGAGGAGGUCAUGUUGAAAUCUGAAACAGAGGAGGUGUCUGAAUCAGAGGAACAACUCUCACUCUCAGAUGGUUCAAUGUCCUCAAGUUUUGGUGCCCUGAGAAGGAUUUUCUGAGAGCUCAUCUUUCUUCUAUGAAUGAAAUCAGAGGUGUCUGAAUCAGAGGAACAACUCUCACUCUCAGAUGGUUCAAUGUCCUCAAGUUUUGGUGCCCUGAGAAGGAUUUUCUGAGAGCUCAUCUUUCUUCUAUGAAUGAAAUCAGAUCUUCCUAAAAUCAAACAGGUGUUUAUGUUGAUAAUUUUCUAUCACAGGCGGCUGUAAAUGACAGAAAACAGUUUCCUUCAACUGUAGGUCGUUCAGGUGAACCCCUGCCUGCAACAUCAAAGACUCCAGAGCGCUUUACUUUCAAGUAGAUGACAUCACAAAGGACUGAAGCACUGUCAUCAAACAUAGUGUGACAUCACAAAUGCUUUGAUGUGUGACAUCACGAACGGAACGCUCCGUUGCCAUGGUUACGGUUAUUGUUUACUGCAUUACCAUGGUGCAUUUUGUUUAGGGAUGGACCGAAUGGGAAAAUCUUGGCCGAAACCGAAUACCGAAUAUAAGAAACACUUGGCCGAAUAACCAAAUACCGAAUAGCUGAAUAUGAUUAAUAAAUAUGUGUAUAAAUUAUGAAUUUUUAUCACCAAGCAAUUUUUGUACAAUUGCUGUCAUUGCCGUACAUUUGUUUUAAAGCUACCUGAUUAUGGCGAAACCUGGCAAACUUAAAUAUUAAUCACUUUAUGUUUGAACCAUGAAGCAUUUAUUCAGCUUCAGCACAUGACAUAACAAUGCUAUAACAAUAACAUUCAAUAAAAUAAAAUUAAGUAAAUAACAUCUUUGCAAUAACUAUACAAAAAAAGUGCAAUUUUCCCUGUAGGAUAGCCUAAAGUAAAUAAAAUAAAAUGCACACAUGCAAAAUAAAUAAAAUAAAUGCACUUACAUGCAUGCACAUACGAUUGUGCAAACCGUGUCCUUAUGUUUAGCGCUCAAGUGGUUGAUUAGCCCCGAUGUACUGAAAGUUUUUGCCGUCACACCACCUCGAGACACUUCAGCAGAGCAGAGUUUACAAAUUGCCAUCCGACCAUCUUUCUCUGAUAUGUCGAAAUAUUUCCAAACCGCAGACAUGUCGGUUGAACGGCUUCGAGGCAAGACAGCUACAUGUAUCGUGUGCGUCGUAUCAGCAUGCCGGCUUGCCUCUUGUCGCGUUCCGAUUACGUCAUCAACAUGCUACUAAAACAGGGAAAACAGCGCCGUCUGCCUUUUCCGUUUUUUAGAGUUCAUACUAAAACCAUGUCUAUCCACACUAUUCAGUGAUUUUAGUAGUAGUUAUCAUGUAAUUACCAGAUAAUUUCAUGUUGUUACUAGGUAAUUACCUGUUAAAUACCUGGUAAUAAGUGUACCGUAAAAUAAAGGGUUACCGUGUUUGCUUCUGUUUUUGAGGACAGACCCAACAAAAGUUUCCUUUUUUUUUGUCAAAUCUUCAUCAUGAUGUUAUUUAACACCCAUUCAUUUUUAGUAAUAUGUUGCCUGGUUCAGACCACUGGAGUGAACCAGAAUGAAAUCCAUGAGCGAUUUUUCUUUACUCUUUAUUUCUAAAUACAGAAUGAACUACUCAAGAGUUGUGAAAAUGCAGUGCGUCUCAGUGCUGGCUUGGUGGUUGUGGGAGAAGCUGCAGUUAUUUCAUAGAUCUUCAGUAAUUUCCAGUCCGAAGUAUAGAUUCUUAUCAUUUAAUUAUGUGUGUAAAAGAUAGCUGCCGAACACACAAUGAAAUUAUAAAAACACUCCUUCGAGACUUAAAUGUUCAAAGUUAGAUAAGAUGUAGAGCAGAGAUAUUGUUGUGGUUUGCACACACACACACACACACACACACUUGCAGGACUUCUGACGCCUGCUGGCUUUCACAUUUACUCAAGUGAGACACUCCUUGAGUAAAUAAUCAUAAUCGCUGUGUGAUAACAGAAAGAAUUAGAGUGAAAGACAGGACUGGAAAGAGCUCAGAGGAUCGUAGAAUCAGAAUCAUACAAAUACUGUGAUUUGUUGGCACGUGUGUGUGUGUUUGCAUUCAUGUAUAGAUCUGUGUUGAUCCCGUUUGUCAUCUAAUCCUAAAAUAUUUGAGUUCUGAAGCUCUUCUACUUGGAUCAGUACACUCUUUCAGGGUGUGGUCAUCUGGGCCCUGGCUACACAAUCAACAAAGACAAAGUGUGUAUUUAUCAGUGUGUGUGUAAGACUGUUGGAGCUGAAUAUGUGUGUCUGUAUUGUCUUCUGAAUGCCCAUGUAGUAACCAUUGGUAACAUACCAAACAGCAUUGUUAAUCAGUGGUGCCUAUCAACAUUAGGUGUUUGAAACACACACACACACACACACACGCAUACUUGUGUUUUGGUGACACUCAUCACAGCUUAGACAGGAUUUAACGUGGUGCCAUCCAUCUUAGUGGUCUGAGAGGAGGCCUCCCACAACACACACACACACACACACACUUGGCACUUCUCUCCUGUCUUUGUUUUGUCUCAUACUGUCAGAGGAUUGAAAGCUACAGCUGACUCUGAACCGAUAUCCUGACUUUGUUCAGCAGCACUGUGGUGUGAAAGGCCGCUGGUUAAUCGUUAAUUCAGCGUAAUACUCAUAUUUAUGACAGUAUGUGGUAAUUGUUCCUUUUAAUGUCUUCAAAAGAUUAAAAGUUUAGUUUAUUGACUGAUGGGCACAGCGGGUUUAAGAGCCAAAUCUGAGCUUUAAACGACUUUCACUUUUUGCUCGUGUUGAAUCACAGUCAGCAAUGUUGAAGCAGUCAGUCACCUCACUCAGAUCACAGAUAACCUCUGUCUGUAUUUGUUUUAUUGUAUUCAUGAAGUAACUCAAUGAAAGUAAUGCACGGGGGAUUAAAGGUGUUUAGUGGAAGACACCCUGUUCAAAAAAUGUCACGACUCUUCAACAUAAAUCUUUUUUAACCUCAGCAGGAUGACAGUGUCCGUUCUACUCGCCAUUAUUGAGUUCAGUCAUCUGCAUUUAAAAUAAAAACCUUCAUUUAUACCAUCUGACCUUUAACUGUUAAGCACAUUCUUUGCUAAGUGUGAUUUAUUCAUCUGUUUUUUUAUGUUUUUUGACAGGAUCUUUCCCAGGGAAUACCUGCUACAGCACAUCCACCUGUACUCCAUGGCUGACCUGCAACAGGUACACACACAUGCUGUACAUGAUGAAUGCUGACAGUGAAAUGGGUUGAACUAGACAGACCAAAGCAUCUGCAUCAACCACUUUUACUCACACCUUAUUGCUCUUUGGUUGUUGAAGUGUUUUAUGAAAAAUAUAUGUUCUCUUUUACAUUUGAUUUCAGCAACACAUCUCAGUGCAGUGUAGGUCAGGGACAACAAAACACUGGAAAAAAUAUUUUUAAGAUUUAAAAAUUUGAACUAUGAGGUUCAUUUGCAACAGGUUUAUUACAUUGUUGGGUAUAGAAAGAGCAUAAAAUUGCAAAGACAAAUGCAAUUUUAUAAUCUGUAACUUGUAACAUCAUUAAAAGAUACAGAAAAUGUUAAUAAAUUUAUGUAAAAAAAAAAAAAGGACAAGGCCCAAAAACAAGCACUUGAUGGCAAGGCACUCUAUGGUGAUAAUCACUCCAUGGUCUUAAAAUCACACCUCAAAGCCAUUGUCUGUGAACACAGUAUGUUGCUGCAUUCACAACUGUAGGUUGAGGCUGUACCAUACAAAGAGAAAACCAUAAUAACACACAUUCUGGACAGGUCAGGGACUUCUCUGGCCCAUAUGAAGGGGGUCUGAGGGGAGAGGAAACCCCUGUGGUAGGAUGAAUCAAAAUUUGAUGUUCUAUUUAGAAAUCAUGGACUCUGCAUUCACCGCUAUAAAGAUGAGAGGGACCACCCAGCUUUUAUCAGCCAGCCGCUUAAAAGUCAGGAUCUGUGGGAGUAUGGAGAUGCAUAGGUGCCAGGCCAAGGGAAGACCUCGCAUAUGUCAGCAAAACACUGCACAUAAUAAUGCAGGUAUUACAACAACAUGGCUAAACUGGCCUGCCAGCAGCACCAACGUAUCACCUGUUAAAACAUUAAUAACAUUAUUCACAUACUACAAAGGCGGCCUAAAGAAACAGGUCCCCUCAGCCCCCAGCUCAAAUGAGUUUCAACGUUUAAAAAAUUGCACUUUCUUCAGUCAAACACAGGAUUUAAAUGAUAUGCAAGUAACUGGGCUGUAGCUAAUUUACAUCUACUUUAGUUCUUGGUGUGUUUCAGUCUUCUGCCUUUUUCUUGAGGACAAACUUGUUCAUGGUUUUAAAAUGUGUGGUGAGUUUUUCUUUUUGUCUUCCAGAUCUAUAAGCAUGCUAUCCCAACUUCUCACUGUGGCCAAAAAUAUGCACAAAUCUUUAAAUGUGUGGCAUUUUGAAAACAAUAAUUCACAACUGCAAAAAUCACUUAUUAACUCAUCUUAAUAAUGAAACUUAAAAAGCUGUUUUGAAGUUUUUAUCUCCAUUCUGAACCAGAAGAAUGUUGAAUGUUGUCAACUCCAGUAGAAAUCCAGAAUAUCUUUUGUCUUAUCCUCGAAAUAGCCAGUUUUUGUCCUUAGUCUAGCAUCUGUGUAUGUAACAACACUAAGAGAGGCUUACACCCUCUAAUUGCCCUGUUUAGGGCAGGGUCAGCUCCUUCAAGUGUCAUGAUCCAGGAACACAAUGGUCUCUGUGGAAUGAAUUCAUAUCUGCUGAUGAGAGUGGGUUCAACUCUGCCUUAUUUACUCAUCUAGACCCAUCGAGCUCAUCACUUUAUCAACCUGCAUGAUUUGGUGUCAAAAUGAAAUCUGAACUUUAUGAUUAAAUGUGUUAAAGCAUAUUUAAGAGUUCACUUUUGGGGAUUUAAUUUUUUUAAAAUAACUUUUUUUGGAGGUGAUAAACAGUAGUUUAAAAUUUUGGAGCACUUUGUGAACCCUCUGUGGUUUGGUAUCUUGUAGAGCCGAGUUGGGGGUCAGAGAAAAACGUCCACAAAUGACUGAAAAGUUCUUUUGUUUGUCUUUAUGUUCAUUAUGUUGGACCCUGCCCCAUUUUUUUCUCUUUUUCUCCUCCGUGAGUCAGAGCUCGGCCACAGACAGACUCUCACGCUGAAAGAGAUUGGACCCCCUCCUCCUCCUCCUCCUCUUUUACUUCCCCCUCCUCCUCCUCCUCCUUCUCCACUCCCACACUCUGCGUCUCUCUGCUUCACUAAUUGGUCACAUUCAGAAUCAACAGGCAGAAAAACAAAGCGUGACAUCCCUCCAUUCUCUCAACAUCCCCUUGGCCUCACACACGCUCGGCGCACAUGUGUGUGUUGUGGGUGUGCGUGUCUCUCUUCCCCUGCUAAACUCUGAUUUCCUCAUAAAAAAAACUCCAAACUGGUGAUUUAGCUCUAAUUUUAACAAUAGGCGUCUUUGGUAAGAGUCUCCACUGCUCCCUCUUCUCCUCUCCUCACCCUUCUAACCUCCCUUUCCUCCCCUCCUUUCCUCCCCCCUCCCCCCUCUUGGAGAUUCUCGAGCACUCUGCCUCUUAAUUGGUUUUCCAUAUUAACAAGCUUGUUUCUUUUGAUUCUCCUCCUGAAUAAAAUGACGCUCUUAAUCAACAUGGCUUUUUUUGUUCAAGCUCAGGGGUCAGCAGAGGCUAAACUCCCCUGACUAAACCCUGGACCGCACUCCUCUAUUCACCUCCCUGACAAAUAGCCUCCACCCAGAUCCCUCCUAUUAGGAGCCAUUUCAUUUGGAGAAAACAUAUGUGUUUGUCCAAGAACACCCUGCUCUUUUUCCUCCGCUGGUUUUUAAGAUUGUUUCUAGUGUUUUGAGUCAGGGAUAGAGGAGACUGGAAAGUAGGGGUGUGUAUUUGUGUGUCCUCAUGUGUGUAUGUGUGUGUGUGUGUGUGUGUGUGUGUGUGUGUGUGUGUGUGUGUGCAGCAAGCUUCUCACAGUGACACCCUGGCAUUCCCUCUAUGCCAGGCAUGCCUCUCCACUCACACUUGUCCAGACACACCGAGGCCUCUUAAGUAAAUGUUAAAAGUUCUCAGAAACUCGUCCAGUUUCUGCUCAGGGAUUUCAGUUUCGGUGGGGCUCUUACUCACUAAUGCGCAACACUGACUUCAACAAAAGUUGAAGAUAUGAAGUGAGAAAAAAAAACGUAGUAAGGAAAGUUUGGAUGCAUGUAGAGACGGGACUUUCAGGAAAAUAAAACCCAACUUGACGGAGCACACGACACAGCUCCUGGUACGGGCUCACCGAUUGACCACAGUAACUCCUUACUGGCAACAAGUUCUCAGAAGCUCGUCCAGUUUCUGCUCAGGGAUUUCAGUUUCAGUGGGGCUCUUACUCACUAACUGGCUUAAAUAAAAGUUGAAGAUAUGAAGUGAGAAAAAAACGUAGUUAGGAAAGUUUGGAUGCAUUUUGAGAAGGGACUAUUUAAGACACAGCUCCUGAUACGGGCUCAACGAUUGACCACAGCAACUCCUUACUGGCAGCAAUGUUCCUCCUUACCCAUCACAAUAAGGCUCCAAGUCAUGAGCUAAGGUCUUCUUUUCUAAUGUUCCCUGGUAGUGGAUUGAAUUCCCAAACUUCACCUGACCUGUUGAGUCUCUUUCUCCACUCUUUCAAGGACUCCUCAACUUUUAAGGACUACAAAUUCACAGAGAGGUGUUGUAUUUUUAUUUUAUAAAGAGGCAAUGCUGAGAGAACAAACUCCUUCCUCUUGAGUUCACCUUCUAAUCUGAUAAGUUUCUCCAAAUUUUGGCGGAACUACCUGAUAAAGCAGACUCCAUGUUGAUACACCGACAACAUACAUCAGUUUUCAGUGUGUGUGAGUGUGUGUGUGUGUGUGUGUGUGUGCUUGGUAGAGGAGAAAAGAGCGUGUUAUCCAAACAGAGCUCACCCUGCUCUUUCCAGCCAUGUUAUCCCAGCUGGCUCACUGGUUCUUCAGUGGAACUGCAGAAGUCUCCAGUGUGUGUGUGUCUGUGUGUGUGUGUGUUUUCGUGUGUGUGAGAGAAGGAGGGGGGGUGGAGGAAGAAGAGGGCAGGCGAGCGGCUGUUAAACAGCAGUUUUAGGGGAUUAGGAGGUUUUUGAGCACAAAGACUCUGCGUGGAGCAGAAAAAAGAGGUUCAACUGAAGGGGAGGAGUUUAAGGGGACGGAUGGAGGAGGAGAGUGUGUGUGUAACUGUGUGUGUUCAGGGCAGGUUUGGAGGCAAAGAGGGUAAAAGAUUUGAAUACAGUUGCAUGGUUUAAAAAUAUGGGCUGCUCUGUAGUCUAUUCGUUAAUAUGAUUAUGUGAACAAACAGCAUUAAAUUCUUUAAAUUAGUUAUCCAUUCUUUUCCAUUCAUUUUGCACUUUGUCACGUAGAAGUUGAAAUCGAGGGACAACAUCUGGUGUUGAAAAUUUGUAAAUAUGCAAGAGUGGGGGAAAAAAAUGCAGUUCCUCUGAUGUCCACUUGGGGUUUGCUUUUAAAACCAAGAAAACACCCUUAGAGUCUCUAUUAAGACAUAAUUUUUACAGCAGGAUUGAACAGGUUAAACAUUUAAGUUUGGGUCUCUGAAUCUCUUCAUUUUUAGGAUAUGUUACAAGUUUAAGAGUUUCCACUCUGCCUCUUGUUAGGCUAACCAAAAGUGAGGCUGAGUCAGCGUUUGCAGUAGGGCGACCACGCUUGAAAACUCCUCUUAAGUAACCAAUGGAUGACGCUUCUGAAACUACAUCUUUGUUUUACAAAAAGCCUCUUCAAAAACACAGUUGGUGGUUUUGAUUUUGGCUUAAAUAAACCCAACAAAGCACCUCAAGUUCCUCCCUAGAGUGCAGGUCAGUUCUGGCGAAAACACUUCUAGGACCAGCUCAGAUCUGGUAAAAAUUUGAAGAGAGACUCAACCUUGGCAGGCCUAUUUAUGAUCCUGCUAUAAGUAAUAUACCGACAAACCCAGACUUUAAGAACAGUUUUGUUGCUCUUAUAGCCCCAAGUUUUAGGGACCAAGGCUUUACAACAUUUGAAUUCUUUAAUGACCACUUAUGACCCGACCAAAGCCGUCAUUGUUCUUUUCUUGAUGGUUCUAAUCAACCACUUCUGGGAUACCUGGAGAGAGGUAGUUGUCUGAUAGAAAUGUUCUCUCUCCUUGCUUCUCUUACAUCCAUCCCCUGACCCCUUUUGUGUUUCCUUUAAUUAUUCUGCUGAAUCUGCGUGUAAACAAAAUUGUACUCUGGAGACAAAAGUGAGAGCUUGGAGCCUAUCACAGAGCACUGAGAUAUUUGGCUUUGUGUUCACCCAGACACCCCAGGCAGCCAUCAAUAUUUGGCCUCAUUGUUGUCCUGUUUAGAUUUUGGACAGUCUACAAAUUAAAGGGUCGAAGCUGGGACUUUCUGUCUGAAUAAUUGUCCCAGUGUGACCCUGCCUGCCAGUGCUGCUCCGGUACUUUUGGUGAGGCUAAUAAAACACUCACUUGAUAUUUAUAGCAAGCAGUAGCAGUGGGCACAUGGGAUUGUGGGUAAAUGAAGGGUUUUUUUAAAAAUGUAGAAGAAUUGAAGCGGUGAAAUGUUGGUAUACUAAUGUUUUUAGGUUGGUUGUACAGGUUUCAACACCUUUUGUUAGACAUGCCCAAGAGGUUGUUUUUCUUUUCAUUGUUUAACGGCUCUUUCUAUACAUCCAUUUACUUCCACCACUCCCCGCCCAUCCAUCUUCUUCUGCCUCCCUCCUUGUUUCCCAGCGUCCCUCCAGAGUACCAGUCAGCCACCAGAGCCGUGCUGCCAGCCGUUUGAUUCUGCCCAGUCCAAUUAUAGAGGGACUUAAUUACUGAGCCUGUCAGCCUCCAUCAGGAGCGCCAUUCGUCAUGUGGACCGGGCUGGACCGGACUGGGCAGGCGGAGGGGGGACACAUAUAUCUGUUUGUCACCCUCAGUACCUACAUGUCUGUCUGUCAGCCUGUAGACGGUAGACAGAGCUUUCCUCAGACAUUAAAUUAGCACGCUAUUGAGCUGUCUUGUGAGAUAAAAUAAUCCAUAUGACAGACUUUGAAUAAAGCUUUAUUGGCCAAGUCUGUUCACACAUGCAAAGAAUCUGACUCUGACUUACACGGCUCUCUAAUUACCGUCACAAAUACACAACAAGGCAGUAACGUCAACCGUGCAGAAAUAAGGAGUGCAAAAGAUGAAAUAAAAGCGCCUUUAAUCGUGUUUCAUGGAUGUCGUUCUGUAAAUCUAUUUUAGGUUUUGCCGAAAGGGGGUGUUAUGACUAUGAUGUAAGAUUACCAUAUGAAUUCAUUCAGGCUUGGACCCUUCACAUACCAGUGGCGGCUGCUGGUCUUUCAAGGAGGGGAAGCUCAUUUUUCUGGCCUACAUCAUAAUUGUAUUUGUUUAUUAGUAUGUAACAGAACAGAGUCGCCAAACACAACGGCAGUCGUUUUUAACAAAGACAAAAGUCGCUGAGGAUCGGUAAAGUCUCUGGAGCAGUUAAGAACAACGGAAUGAAUGACUUGGAAAAUGCUCUGGUAGAUGUUUUAUUCUUCAAGAUCGCUGAUUCGCUUGUUUAGCUGUCAAUCAAAAAAGGAUUUCGCCUCAGACAGCUCGUCCAAUCAUGAAUGCAGAAGCUUGGAGUCCGGGAGAAAGUCGGGACCGCCCUCUCGCCAUAGAACUCCAAUGAAGCUGGGCUUCCAUUGGGCGGGACAAAGCCCAGCAUUUAUCCAAUGAGCGUCUAGUUUCGCUGCUGGAACAACCCACUUUAAGCUUCCACAUUGAAGUCAGCAGAAGCCCAGCGUCCGACUGUUUGAAGCGCUGAGGCGCUGCGAGGAUGAAUAAGAACGAAGUUAUGCCGGUUACCUGUGAUUAUCAGCUUCUUAUCACAGUGUCUGAACAAAAGAUGAAGGCUUUCUAGUGCGUAUUUAGUUAAUGAAAUGUACACACAGCCGUACGUAUUUCACCACUUUAUCUUUUUUUGGGGGGGUGACAUUUUAAGGGAAGCCGAGCUUCCCUUGCAGUCUUAGAGCAAUCGCCACUGUCACAUACGUAAUUUGUUUUGCAAAUUCCGCCAUCUUGGACAUCACACAAUGCAUUGUGGGUAUGCACAGAAGCACCCUAGGACUGAAAGCAUCCAAACACAGUUUCUGCACCAUGCUCCACAGCUCUGAAAGACGGCCGCAGUGGAGAAAGAUCAAUUAAGUAAUAUGACAUUUAGUCAACUAAAACAUUAUCUAUCUGAAUGCGAUGUUGUCGUGACGAAUGCAGUGAAAAUAGACUCUGUUGCCUGUUGCCAUGCAGGACAUUUGUUUCUAUACUACUCUGAAACACACUUUGACAAAAGUUUAUCUUUCUUUUGUCAAAGUGUGUUUCUGUUUCUGGUGAGUUUGGGUCAGAUUGGAGCUUCUAUAAAACUACUUCCUGUUUCAUGGCAAAAUACCCACUUUUGGGAGCUAGCCGCAGCCUUCCCUUUGACGAAAGGAUUUUUCACCAUUCAGGUGUCCUCUAGCUGCAUACCCAAGACAAAGCGUAUCGUAUAAACCUUGUUCAAAUAUGUAAAGGACCCCUGAAACAGCCAUUUUUGCCAGUUAACAAUGCAUCUUCCAAACUAGGUGAGUUUGUGAGCAUUUUGAGACACUGAAAGUUGUCUAUCGUUUCAAUCGGACUCUCAUGCCAUUCCCAGUUAUUACUAUACUGUGUAGAUAAAUACGAUACGAUACGUAUCACGAUACAUGUCACAAUACGAUACGAUACGAUUCGAUACGAUUCAGUACGAUACGUCUGUAUAUUUGCAAGGACCUCAUGAUAAGACAUAUCACAAUAUAGCAAUAGUAUAUAAUGGUAUUUAACAUUGUUAAUCAGUCAAAAAUAUAAGUUGCUGUAAAUGAGGAUACUGACCCAAGGACAAACUGAGUCAAAACUUUGUUUCAAACAACAAAUACUAUUUUCUCCUGCUCUAUGAUGUCGACUCUGUCAUCCUCACUGGACAAACCGUUGAUUUUAUUUUUCCAUUAUCAUAGAUUUGACUUCACAUUAGCAAUUAAUUUGAAAAUAUCAAUACUUGGUAAAUGUGACGAUACAAUAUAUCACCAGACAAAAUAUCUCAAUACUAUGCUGUAUCGCUUGUUUCUCCCACCUCUUUUAGUUUCCACUAUAAGUUCGGAAAUACUGACAGCGAACACAAACAGAAGUACACAUUUGAAGUUUAAGAGUGAUGAUUUGUAUUGAACAGAUUGUGUAAGAGAGCAGUGUGUUGGCUGUAGCAGGAGAAACCUUCAGUGUGGGGCAUUAAUCUCAAUGUGGAGCCUAAAAGACAUUGUCCCCUAUAACUGGCUAUAAACAGGAUCACUAUACAUCUCUGUUGUGUUUCCUUGGAGAGUGUGUGAAUGGUUUCUUCCUCCUCUCUUCAUCUCACGUCCUCCUCUUCCCCUCUCGUCCUGGUCGUGUAACAAACAGCAUGAAGGAGGUUAUAAUUGGGAGGUCCAGAGCUCUGCCAGGUGGAACCACUUGUAUCUGAAUACAGGCUCUCGCUCUCUCUCAAGAUCUCUCUCCUGUGUCGUAUCUCUGCCUCUCUGUCUCUCACUUUAUACUCUGUUUUCCUCUCUUCCCCGUCUCAUGUACACUCUCUCAUUAUGCCGCAUUAUCAGCCUGAUAUGACAAAGCUUUGCAAAUACGUAGAGUUUUGAUUUCUCUGAGAAUCUGUCUCUCUGUUCACUAACUUCAGUGCUUCCUCUAAAUCGUCCUCUGUCUGUUCACCACAAUACAACUGCAGCCCCCCGCAGCUACGACCCCCUCCUCGCUCCUUAAAGAAACUCGUCAAGCGUUUCCAUGAAGACUUUCACCUCAUUUACUGUCUUCAUCCUUCCUUCCCUUGGAUUUGUUGGUUUCUUUUUCCCUUCUCUCGCACAAACCAAAGACAUUUCUUUUUCCUUGUAGUAAAUUGAACACCCCUGUGCCUUCUUUUACCUGCUACAGUUUAGAUUUGACCUCAGCUGCUCACUUUAACUUACAUCCAGAUUUAAUCGCUCAGAUUUGAACAUUUUUAGGUUGCACUAUUCUUAAAUCUGUGUGUUCACAAGUGCCAGCUUUAAAGCGACAGAUGAUCGACACGCUAUUCUGAGGGUCUUCUGUAAAUAAACAUUGUGAAAUCUGCCCUGUGUUGAUCAUGUCUCUUCUUCUCUCCUCAUCUAUUCCUCUUCUAGGUGAUUGAUGGGAAACUGGCUCCUUUCCUCGCCAAGGUGAUCAAGUUUGCCAGCUCCCAUGUUUUUAGCUGCAGUCUGUGCAGAGAGAAAGGUUUCAUCUGUGAGCUCUGUCACAACGGACAGGUCAUCUACCCUUUCCAGGAGAACGCCACCAAGAGGUACACACCCUCAGAAAACCUUGUUGUCCAUUUUUAACAAGUAUUUGAUUCUGAAU